AUGGAAAUCAAAAUUUCUUCUAACACUUUUAAAUAAUAAAAAUCAAAAAAACCAAAUUAUGAAUAAGAAAAAUCUUUAGCUUAAGGACCAAAUAGCAGAGUUAUGAGGAUUGAACAUUAAGGAGUUAGAAAGUAUUUUGAAUUAAUAAUUAUAAAAGAACUCUUAAAAGAGUACCAAAAGAUUAAUCUUAAAAUGAGAUAAAGAUCUUAUAAUAGUUGGAUCAUCCAAAUAUUUUAAAAUUAUAUGAGUUCUACGAAGACAAUAAUGAAUACUGUUUGAUUACUGAUUAUUGGGAAGGAGGGGAUUUAUAUGAAUAUUUGUGUAAACAUGAUGAGAUUGAUGAGUAUGAUAUAGCACAAAUUAUGAAGUAGCUAUUUUCUAUUUUACAUUAUAUACAUUCAAAAAAAAUAAUUCAUAGAGAUAUAAAGAGGUACUAAAAUAAAAAUAAUUAAGUGAAAAUAUUUUGGUUGAAAAAUAGGAAGAUGGUUGCAUUUUGAUUAAAAUGAUAGAUUGGGGAAUGUAUAAAUAUAUAAAUAAAAAUAAGUGCAACAUAGUUUUAAAAUGGAUCUAAACUUUAUACAACUGUUGGUACACCAUAUUAUAUGGCGCCAGAAGUUUUUAAGUAAUGUUAUGAUGAAAAAUGUGAUAUAUGGAGUUCAGGAAUAUUGUUAUAUGAAAUAGUAACAGGGAAUUUACCUUUUUAUGCAAGAUAAGCAGAUGAAAUAUAAAGAAGAAUUUUAGAUACUAAACCUAAUUUUGAUUUACCUGUAUUUCAAAAAUGCUCAUCUGAAUUAAAUAAUCUAAUUAAGAUAUUAUUAAAUAAAGAUCCAGAAAGAAGACCAUCAGCAAAAGAAUUACUUGAACAUGAAUUUUUUUAAUUAAGAAAAGAAAGAAGAGCUUCAUAAGAAUUUAAUACUUGUUUUUAAGAAAGUGUAAGUAGAUUAAUAGAAUUUAGAGUAAAGAAUAAACUGUAAUAAGCUGUUCUUUCUUUUAUGGGUUCAUUCUAAUAAACUCCAGAAGAAGAACGAUAAUUAAUUAGAAUAUUUAAUGAAAUUGAUCUAGAUAGAGAUGGUAAAUUAACAUGUGAUGAAUUAGCUAAGGCUUUGAAAACAAUUUAUAUGUAUGAUGAAUUAUAAGCAUAAAUGUAAGCUAGCAUUUUAAUGUAAUAAAUUGAUAUAGAUAAUAAUGGCUUUUUAGAAUAUUCAGAAUUUAUAAUGGCUUGUUCUUAAAAAAGAGUUCUACUUACAGAAAACAAUUUAAAAAAUGCUUUUCAAUAAUUUGAUUUAAAUGGAGAUGGAGUAAUUAGUAUUUAAGAAAUAAAAAAAGUUUUAGAAGGUAAUGAAAGCAUUACUGAUGAGAAAUGGUAAGAAGUGAUUAAAGAAAUAGAUAUUAAUGGAGAUGGUGAAGUGAGCUAUGAGGAAUUUUUAGUUAUGAUGAAAUAAUUAUUAUGA